UUACGCAACUCGACCAACCGGGGCGUCGGGGCGGCCGGCCGCGCAUGGUGGUGACGUGCCAUCUCGAUGGCAUCUUCCUCUUCCGCUUCCUCUUCGUGUCCAGCCUUUAUCUUCCGGCCUCUUCCUCGAGGAGCUUGUGCCACCAGCUAGCAGCAUCGGCGCGUGGCGUUCUUGCAGUGGCCGGCCGGCUCAAGGAUGGGGCUCCGCGACUCCGCCGCGCUGGUGGCUCUGGUGCUCGCAGUCACCUGCUCCGUUGCAGUGGCCUACGAUCCGCUGGACCCGAACGGCAACAUCACGUUGAAGUGGGAUGUCCUCUCCUGGACGCCCGACGGAUACGUGGCGAUGGUGACGAUGAGCAACUACCAGCAGUACCGGCAGAUCAUGGCGCCCGGGUGGACGGUGGGUUGGUCGUGGGCCAAGAAGGAGGUGAUCUGGUCCAUCGUGGGCGCGCAGGCCACGGAGCAGGGCGACUGCUCCAAGUUCAAGGGCGGCAUCCCGCACUGCUGCAAGAAGACCCCCUCCGUCGUCGACCUCCUCCCGGGCGUCCCCUACAACCAGCAGAUCGCCAACUGCUGCAAGGCCGGCGUCGUCUCCGCCUACGGCCAGGACCCCGCCGGCUCCGUCUCCGCCUUCCAGGUCUCCGUCGGCCUCGCCGGCACCACCAACAAGACCGUCAAGCUCCCCAAGAACUUCACCCUCAUGGGCCCCGGCCCCGGCUACACCUGCGGGCCCGCCAAGAUCGUCCCCUCCACCGUCUACUUCACCCCCGACCGCCGCCGCAAGACCCAGGCGCUCAUGACGUGGACGGUCACCUGCACCUACUCCCAGCAGCUCGCGUCCAGGUACCCCUCCUGCUGCGUCUCCUUCUCCUCCUUCUACAACGACACCAUCGUGCCCUGCGACCGUUGCGCCUGCGGCUGCGGCCAUUCCGGCGGUGGCGCACAUGGCGGCCGCGGUGGCCGUUCCCACGGAAGCCACGGCGGCGGCGGCGGCGGCGCCGAGUGCAUCGCCGGGGACUCGAAGCGCGCGCUGUCCGCCGGCGUGAACACGCCGCGCAAGGACGGGGCGGCGCUGCUGCAGUGCACGCCGCACAUGUGCCCGAUCCGGGUGCACUGGCACGUCAAGCUCAACUACAAGGACUACUGGCGGGCCAAGAUCGCCAUCACCAACUUCAACUACCGGAUGAACUACACGCAGUGGACGCUGGUGGCGCAGCACCCCAACCUGGACAACGUCACCGAGGUCUUCAGCUUCCAGUACAAGCCGCUGCUCCCCUACGGCGCCAUCAACGACACGGGCAUGUUCUACGGCCUCAAGUUCUACAACGACCUGCUCAUGGAGGCAGGGCCCUUCGGCAACGUCCAGUCGGAGGUGCUCAUGCGCAAGGACGCCAGGACCUUCACAUUCAGCCAGGGAUGGGCGUUCCCGCGGAAGAUCUACUUCAACGGCGACGAGUGCAAGAUGCCGCCGCCGGACUCGUACCCCUACCUUCCCAACGCCGCUCCGGCCGUGGCGGCUCGUUCCGGGAUGGUCGCCGCCGCCGCCGCCGCGUUCCUGCUGGCGAUGCUCCUGGUGGCAUGAUCGACGUAAUCAGGCUGCAGAGAUCUUGGCACUUUUUGAGUCUCCAAUUACUAUUAGACAGACAGCCUGAGAAAGAAAAUGAUACAUAGAGGCAGCACAAGUUUUUCCUGUGAUUUUCCUUCUGUACACGUAAUACAGAUUCUUUGUUCGAAUGAUGUGAAUCCACUUACUUAACAUUGGCAA